UUGUGGGAUAUUUUUAAGAUUUUUCCGAAAUAUUUUCAAAAUCCCCGAAGCAAUUAUGCUACCAAACAUUUGAUUGACGCAAUUUGAAGUAGGUCGAUUGUAUUGACCAAUGAAAUUCAAUCUCCCAUUCUGUUCUGUGUGUCAACUUCCGUCAAAAAUGUCAGAAGAGGUUUGUAAGUUCGCCUAUGACGGCCAAUUAGGCAUAUUAAAACAUAAAACAGAAGCUAACAGCGGUCUUCUCACUGAAAAAGAUAAGAAUGGCCGUGUUCCAUUACACUGGGCUUGCUCAGGGAGUCACUCUGAUGUUGUAGAAUUCCUUCUCAACCAGAAUGUGCCUAUCGACGCCAGGGAUGAU